CGUAUGCAUGUACACACACAACAUCAAGAAGGAGAGUUCAGAUGAUUUCUAGUCGUUUCCUGAAAUGAGUUUGAAGUUGAACGACAAAAGAAGACAUGAUUUGGUGCCAAGAAAAGAGUGCAUGAACAUACUUUCAUGGCAAUAAGUGCAGAGCUGGGAGGAUUGUAGGAUCUCACAGAAUUGAGAAACAAGGUUUUCCCUGUCCCUAAGACGUGCUUUAGAUGCUAUAGCUAGGUAGCAGUUCAACUUGAAUGUAGACCAGUGAUCGUUAUGGUUUCAGUAUUUUACGUACAGUAUCAUCAUAAUUUGAUCUAGUUGAUACCUCGUCUGAUUAGUACUUGCAUGGGUAGCGUAAAAACAUCCCUGUUCACACAUACACGCAAGCACUCAUCCUAUUCUAGUUUCUUGUACUUCUGAUGAUCUUUAACACAGGCAGAUGAACACCUUUUCCUUGUUUCUUGUUCUUGUUUCUCUUCAACUAAAUUACUCCUUAUCUCUUGUUAAUUUCUCUCUAGUCUUUGCCUUACAAGUGAUAUUGGAUGCAGAUACAGGAAACCAAUGGUACCCAAGCAGAGAUGAGGAGGGAUGGAAAUUUACUCAACAAGCUCUUUCGUUGCAUUUUCUACAUACAGUUUCUCCUAAUUGCUAUCCUGAUAAUUUUUCUCACUUUUCGUGGGAUGUUGUCAGCUGCCCACAACCAUCAUUUCCACCCCAAGAAAUGGUACCUGCUGGUCCUCUCUUCAACAGCUUUUUCAGGAAUCACAGGAUUGUUAUGGCAAGCAUUUACAAGCUAUAAUCCAUCAAGAACUCUUAGAACUACGUUCUGGCUUAGCCCUCUUCUUACAUGCGCAUUUGGUAUUUUACUCGUCAUUAUAGGCACACCGGGGAGUUUAGCAGCAUCCAUAAUUGCACUAGCUUCUGCCAUACUACAGUCCAUAUACGCAUGUUGGGUCAAUCCCAGAAUCGAGCACGCCUGCAGAAUACUAACAAUUUCUCUUCCAUAUCAUCCUCCAAAAGUUAAAACAACAGUAAUUAUAUCGAUCAUUACAAGUACUCUUUACUCAUCAUUCUUGAUGUCUGGCAUCGGUGGAGCCACCGCUACUAGAACCAAAAUCGACACUCUAUUCAUUUUCCUCAUCCUGGGAAGCUUAACAUGGACCAUGCAGAUUAUAAAGAACAUGAUGCAAGUCACAGUAUCACAUAUCAAAUACAUGAAAUUUGCAUGUGGAAUAGAAGUUGAUUUCAAGGCAGUAGUAAAAAGUGCAGCUAAAUAUUCAAUGGGGAGUAUUUGCAUUGGCUCUAUCCUUGUACCCGUUCUUGCUGUUAUUCGAGGUUUAGCUCGAACGGUGAGUUUGGUCUCCGGGGAUGUAGACGAGUUCAUGUGCUUCUGCGCAAACUGCUGUUCAGGAGUUGCGUCGAGGAUUGUAGCUUAUGGAAAUAGGUGGGGUUUCGUGCAUGUCGGGGUGUACAAUAAAGGGAUUGUGCAGGCAUCAAUGGAUACAUGGGAUAUGUUCAGACGGGCCGGGAUGGAGAAGUUGAUUGAUUCUGAUCUCACUAGUUCAUUCUGCUUCCUAUGUGGGGUGGCAGAAGGAUCAGUAUGUGGACUAGUGGGGGGUACUUCAGCACUUUUUAUUCACAUGAGUUAUGCAACUGAAGUGUCCUUAUAUGCUUUCUUAACUGGAUAUUUCAUGAAUAGGGUGGCUAUGGCAUCGGUUCAAGCCAGCAUUACAGCAUAUUAUGUUGCUUAUGCAGAAAACCCGCAAAGCCAGCAAUUUGACAGCACAAUCCCAUCUUAUAUCCGGGGUCUACAAAGAUCACAAGCAUAGCACUCAAAAGAACUUCUUCAUUGAGGUCAAGAACUACUUGAUUUCUGUUUCUACAUAAUGUGCACAAGUAGUUAGAAGAUGUUAUAGCAUUCUAAGGGCAAAGAAUGACUCUUAUCCUGUGUUUUCAUAUUUGUCUGACCUUACAAAGAAACAAGCCUUUGGCUGGUAUACCAUUUCCUGUUACUGUAUUCAUGUACAAAAUCCUUUACUUACCCAAAAACUUUCUAUUAGUUCUGGUGUAGAGAGUUAAAUGGUUUUACUCACUAAAUAAGUGGGUAUUAUUUCU